AUGGAUGAUGAAAUUCAAGAAGAAAUUCCUGUGAUUCUUGCAAAUGAGUUCGAUCAAAGAGUGGCUAGUAUAUUUCUACCAUUUGAUAACUACGGUAAUAAAACUGUUUCCAUCACGGAUUUACCACUUAUUGUACGUGGUUUAGGAUGUGUUCCGACGGAAGAAGAAUUGCAAUUCAUCGCAACAAAAUGUACAGAACGUGAAUUUCCGAACAUUGUUCAUUUGGCCCAUUUCUUGCCAUUCAUGUUUGAAAUGAUAUUACUUGGAAGAUUCAAACCAGCUGCUCCAGAAUUACUUUUGAGAGGAUUUCAAGCAAUAGACGUUGAAAAUAAGGGCUACCUUACACCCGAUUAUUUAAAAAAUUUGCUCACAACGCAAGGAGAAGUUUUAUCAGAGGAAGAAGUAUCAGAAUUUAUGCGCAUCGCCGUCGACCCAAGCACAGGAAACAUUCCAUUCGAAUUCUGUGUCAGCAAACUAAAGUUCAUUCCUAAGCCAUUAACUGAUAUUUACUAUCUGGCAAAAGCCUCUAUGGAAGAAAAACCAAAAACGAGACGGUACAGUACGUACAGGCAAAGUGUUAUACAGCAAUAA